CCCCCCUCCCCACCUCCCCAGCCGUCAAGCCAGACACACGCUGCGUGCGAUCCAAGCAGACCGAGCGCGAGGAAGAAGCAGCAGCAGCACGCCGCCGGCGAGCGCUAGGGAGGAAGCGGGGGGCGCCAAGAUGUCGUGGCAGACGUACGUCGACGACCACCUGAUGUGCGAGAUAGACGGCAACCACCUCACCGCCGCCGCCAUCCUCGGCCACGACGGCACCGUCUGGGCGCAGUCCCCCAACUUCCCCCAGUACAAGCCUGAGGAGAUUACUGCCAUCAUGAAGGACUUUGAUGAACCUGGUAGUCUUGCACCAACUGGUCUUUUCCUUGGAGGCACAAAAUACAUGGUGAUCCAAGGUGAACCAGGGGUUGUCAUCCGAGGAAAGAAGGGCACUGGAGGCAUAUGCGUCAAGAAGACCACCCUGUCUUUGGUUAUGGGGAUCUAUGAUGAGCCGAUGACCCCAGGCCAGUGCAAUAUGAUUGUGGAGAGGCUUGGCGAUUAUCUGGUCGAGCAGGGUUGCUAAGUCCUCGAUAUGCUAUUUUGGUCAUUUGGGACUAAGUUUACUCCCUAUUUGGUUCAGUAAUGUGGGCUUGCAUCUGCUCGCGUAUCACAUGAUAUGGGGUGAAUAAUUUAGCUCCGGUUUGUUGGUUGGUGACGUGUUGAAAAAUAUUUACCUGUGGUUUAUGUUUGGCAUCGUGUCGUAUCAAGCUCAGCUGUCCAUUCACUGAGUUCUGUACAUUUACCUGGUCAUGGUACUUGUGGGUUCUGCUUUAUGAAGAUGAUUGCAUUUUAUUGA